AAAAAUCAAACCUGAGUGGAGAUUUCACGCGGGCAGCUGUAGUCAUGUAGCCCGUGAGCUGACGGCGCUGCUCCAGACAGACUGGUGCUGAUUGGUCAGCGCACAGGCCUGCUGUGUAGCAGCUGCCGUCAUCCCCUCAGACGUGCUGGGGAUGCUGACUGUGGCGCUGAUACCCCUGCGCUGUGCUGGUGGGCUGCGGUCUGCGUGGGCUCUGUGGACACAUCAGACAGACGGAUCCGUGGCUGGGAGCUGAAAUGAGAUAAGCGUCUUUUUCUCUCCGCCGAGGUGCUGCAGCGCCGCGCACGCAGGACGGACGUGGGCACUUUAUCACCGAAAACCUCCGCGUCCGGGGAUUAAAGGUAUUUGUCUGCAGACUGUGCCGCCGGAAAGGUUCGCCUUCCGUUUGUACAUAAAGGUCACCCGGAGGAUGGUCCCGACGCUGCGCUCCAGAGGUGAUGUGAGUUGAAGCGGUGGGGAAGCCGCAGAGGAGCUGUCCGUCUGUCGAGGUGCUGAUGCGGCUGUGACAGAACCGAGCAUGGCUGCCGGGAAGUUGCUGCUCUACGCCGGCCUCUCUCUUUCUCUUUGCGCCCUGGGCAUGCUGGCCGUGGCGAUGUGCUCCGACCACUGGUACGAGACAGACGCCAGACGGUACAGGGAGCGGUGCCGAAGCUUUUCCAGCCGCCGCAAGGACCCGGGCUUCAUCUACAUCCCCAACAACAGCCUACCGCUGCGGGCCAGCCGGAGCAGCGUGUCCCGCUGGCAAGAGAAGCUGCUUCUGGCCCGGAACAGACGGCAGCUGUUCGCCAUGAGCGCCGCAGAUGAAUGUAGUAGGCAGUAUAACUCCACCAACAUGGGGCUGUGGAGGAAAUGCCAUCGGCUGGCCUUCGACCACGAAAUCGAAGAGAGCAUCCGGAAAGGUUCCAUCACUCGCUGCUCCUACAUCAAGUAUCACUAUUCCUCAGCUACGAUACCCAAAAACCUCUCCUACAACAUCACCAAGACGAUAAGGCAGGACGAAUGGCACGCCCUCCAUUCAGAAUUCCUGUCUCAAUAA